AGUGGGGAAAAAUCUCAAAAGCAUACCAAAUCCUCGCUGAUGAUAGUAGCCGUUUUAUUUAUGAUUACUAUGGAACAAUAGAUAAUUGUAAAAUCUGAAUUUUUAUUGAUAAUUUCCUACUUCUCUUAACCUAUAUAUAAUUUUAUUUAAUUCUAUAGCUCUUGAAGAUAAAGCAUCAUUCAACCCAUACGUAGGAGGAGAAUUAUGGCAACCCUACAUUGGCAACUUAGAAAUUGGCUUUUGGUCGCUUUCAUUUAUUAACAAUGAAUUAAAAAUUUUAGCCUCAACUGUACAGAAAAAGCGCCGACAUGACAAUCGCAUGUCCAGCAUUGUUCGUUAUCUACAAGAUAAAUUAUUUCGAUUCCCAGAAUUCCCAGAGCAAGACGAUUCUUCACAAUUUGAAAUAAAUCUCUAUGAAGAAGCUAAAAAACUUUCCGCUGAACCUAAUGGCAAAAAGCUUUUAUUUACUUUAGGAAAAAUCUACACCGAUGAGGCAAAAACCUACCUAAAUAAGUCUUCUACAGUAUACAGUAAAUAUUUUAGCUCUCUUAAGGAGCGUUUGGAGUUUUUUAUAAACUUUACCUUAGGAUACUUAAUGAUUCGAACCAAGAAUAAUCCUGAUCUGGAAGAGACCAAUAAACUAGUUUGGAAUCUUUCGAAGUCAGAAAUAUCUUCCAUCGUCCGUGAAGCCUGUGAAAAAGUUCUUCAUGACGAGAAUCGCAGUGAAGUCGAAAGUUAUCAUCUUGCUAAUUCUAUGCUCCUCUUGGGUAAAACAUGGUUGGAAGUAAGCGAAUGGUAGCUUUUUUCUAAUUUCAUUCUAAACUGAAUGAUGAAAUAUUUCAUCUUUAAUUUAUAAUUUAUUUAUACAUUUUAAAAUUGAGCAAAUGUAAACGUUAAGAGAAAAUUAGUUAAUAUUAAG